GCUUGCGAUAGGAUAACACCAUAUAUAGGAUUUGGCUGCCUACUGUGUCAUUAACGCUGCCGUAUUAGCUAUAUCGUGUAAAUAAUAGCCUAGCUAAUCAACAACGUUACCAGGAAGUAAACGUUAGGCAACGGGUCGAUUGGGCUAGCUAUACUUACUAAGCUUACUGAAAAGUAACGUCAAUUGUUAGCUAGCGUGUUAAAAAAACGCUUUCCAAAUCGGCGGUAAUGUAACGUUACAUACAUUUAGUAGCUUGCAAUUUGUCGUUUUUAGUUCGUCGAAAACUAUGUUGCUAAAUAAUAUGACUUGGUUUCGUUAAGAUAGCUAUCUGCUUCUUAGAUCAGCUUGCUUGUAGAUUAAUUAGCCGAAAGCUAGCUAACCUGUGCUCUCGCUAGUUGCUACCUAGUUAGGUAGCGCAACGUCAGCUCUGCCCAUCUUUUCCACCGAAUUUUGUUUUCAGCUUGCUACCGAUUCACAUCCAACCAUCCGACACAUCCAUCUCAAAUCCUUAACUACCGUUUGAUAACUCACGGUUGAUUCUCGUUUGACGGAUUAAAUCAUACGAAACUCUUCCGAAUAAUAGCGAGAGACUAGAUUAGAUUACAUUAGGGACUAAUUGGAAUAUUCAGAAUACGAUCGUAUCGUAUUCGUAUCUAUUCUUGCGCUGGUCAUAAUAAUGUAGCUAGCAAGAUAGUUAGCUGCAGUUAAAUUGAACAUUUGCAUUUGCAUUGAAACAUUUGCAUUAAAACACAUUGACGAACAGACAGGCCGUUGGGUCUUUGUAUCUGGACAGCCCGUGAAUUGGGGAAGAUACGACGGUCUAGAUUCUGAAAGCUCAGUGCACAAAAAGACUGACAGCCCAUCAAACGCAGCCAUUAGCGCUUGUUUAUUCAAGUGUAACAGGGUGGUCCCAGACUGUUUGGGGGGGGGGGCGGGGGGCAUUGGGACAGACAUCGUCACCAUUGAAGGAGAGUCCUCCAUGUGCUAACAAGACCAUAACCAGAACCGCUUAGGAUGUCUUGGUUCUCUCACACCCUGCAGGGACCUGGCCGGAGGCCUCCCUCUCCACAAACUUUGCCCUCUGCCAUGGAGGACCUGUCCUACGCGUGCCUGGCACAGCCUCGCGCCGAAUUGCAGCCCGUCGCCACGGCCCCCACCAGCCUGGCCCAGUUCCCCUCCGUGCCAAAAGUAACAGCGCCCCCUAGCCUGGAGGACUUGUCCUGCAGCUCCGCGGGUCUCGGGGUGGAGGCCGGGCCCAUGCCGCUUUCCUACGUGACCAUGCAGGAGCAGAGGUGUGUCCUGAGCUGGUUCCAGGGCUGGGGGGUCCCCCAGAGGGAGCGCUUCCUGCAGGACCUGCUCUCCAAGGCUGUGCCGGGGAAGGUCUGCACCCUACUGGAGCAGCUCAACACACUGCAGGUGCAGGAUCGCCCGCCCAACAUCUUCGAGUGUCAGCUGCGUCUGUGGUCGCAGUGGUUCGAGUCGUGGAGCGAGGCGGAGCGGAACAGCUUCCUGCAGGCCCUGGAGGACCGCGACCCCAUCUUCACCGCCCACUUCUACCGGGGCGUGGCGGGGACCGCGGGGCGGCAGUGAGGGGAGCACCCCGAGAGAGGAGGCCCGGUCCUGGAGGCCCGGUUCCGGAGGUCCGGUCUGGUCCGGUCCGGUCUGGUCUGCGGGCUGGUGUCUGUUUCAACCAGUUUACCUUAGUUUGAGUUUUCUGACGGACUGUGAUCAGAACUGUUUUUUUUAUUUUUUAUUUUUAUUUUAUUAAAUGCAAAGAAAUUCCCUUACGACUUACGAACACGAUGCAGGUUUGCCUCAUUAUCAUUUAUUUUAUUUUAUUUCAAUGCUUCAUUAUCUACCCAAUGGUUAGUUUUCAUGGCCUUGGUCUUUCAUUUGAUCAUCCCCCCCACCCUUUCUAUGUAACUAUUUGCAGUAUAGCACAGUAUUAUGGGACUUUUUAUUCUUCAUGGCUGGCUUAGCAAUUUCAGACAUAAUGUGGUUUAAGAGGGUAGAUAUUCCCUCUAAAUGUGACAAGUACCUAAUUUAACGAAGUAAAAGGCUUGAUACAA